AUGAAGGUUCGGAAGUUGACCGUCUGUCAUACUUGCAGGGCACGGAAGCUGGGGUGCGACGGAAAGCGUCCUUCGUGCUCGCAAUGCGCAGGAACCAAGAUCAAAUGUGGAGGCUAUCAGUAUGACCUCGUCUUCAUACCAUCACAGCUAUCCAUAGGGGCAUCGGCGAAAUCCAAGACACGUAAAGACGGAAAAAUCACAAAGAAGGAACGCGAAUGCACGAUUACACGAACGGAUAUUCCGGCGGACACUUGCGACGAUAUAUUCCACGACACGCGGCUGAUAGCCAAACAUGCAGCCCCGGUAGUGCGGCCAUCCCUGGCCUGGCCCUUCCAGGACAUCAUCUCGCUGGUUGUGCAAAACUUCUCCCCGACUGUGCUGUCCAGCAACUCAGCAUUCAUGAACUGGGACGUCGAUAUUCACCCUCGGGUGUGUGGAGCGUGGAUCGAGCUUCUGCCGGUCCUGUCCCUGACUCGGCGAUAUGAGAUGGCGCUGUCUUCAUCGGUCAAGGCCCUUGGCGUAUCCAUUCUGUCCAGGGGUCGCAACGGAAUAGCGCCCAUCUCGGACGCUCUGACGGCACAUUGUUCCGCAUUGCAUUCGCUGCAUGACAGCCUGCAUGACAUCACGCAUACUGCAGAUUCAGACGUCUUGGCCGUGGCCAUCAUGUGCCUCAUGAUCUCAGAGAUCAUCCUGCCGACUGCCGUCUCUAGCAGCUCGGCCCAUGCGGCUGGCUUGAGUGAUCUGAUCCAGCUGCACAGCCCUGAAGCCUAUUCGACCGGACCGUCUCAUAGGAUAUUCAUUGGCCUCCGCCCUGCCAUGAUUAUUCACUCGAUUCGCACCAAAAAUCCCACGUUUCUUGCCUCGCCUGAAUGGCGCACUAUCCCGUUUCAAUAUGUCGAGGCAAACUCUUUCCAUGCCCUCAUGACAGAAGCCACAGCAAUUCCAUCUAUUCUAGUCGAUAUUGACAGACUCAAAUAUGGCUCCCCCAAUGCAAAUGCGCCCCGCGCGGUUUUGGAAGAUCUGAAGAACCUCCUCGAUGCCCUUGUCAACUGGAAUGUUUCCUUCCAGAGCCUCACAAACAAGCCAUCCUUCCGCGUCCUGGGCAAAAGCCCCGAAAAAGCCCAUAUCUGGUUUCCUGAUAUCACCACAGCGAACUCCAUGACGCAUUACUGGACGUUCUGGAUAAUGUGCGUCGUCUACAUCAGAAAGCUAAGGGAAGAUUACCCGGAGCUACGAGACGAGGAGCUGUUGAUCAAUGGAGAAAGCCCGGAGAGCCCACUCAUCACUGAAAUGGCGAUUCAAAUGUCUACUUGGAUUUUCCAGAGCAUUGAAUAUCUGGUACAAGACGAGAUGAGGCUGUUUGGAGCAAUAUCUGCGACACUACCGACGCGGAUAGCCUACCAAUUUCUUCGGUAUAAUCAUUUCUACGACCAGGAACUGAUAUCGUGGUGUGAACGGGUAAUUGAUGGCAUCCGAGAUCGAGGGUACGAUUAUAUUGCACAGUAUAUCGUGGAUGAUGAUGGAGUUUGA